UCGUGUUGUUCGUGAUCCCUUACAAACGUACCCCAAUCAAAUUUAACCAUGUCUGGCCGUGGAAAGGGAGGAAAGGUAAAGGGAAAGGCAAAGUCCCGAUCCAACCGUGCCGGUCUUCAGUUCCCCGUUGGCCGUAUUCAUCGUCUCCUGCGCAAGGGUAACUAUGCCGAGCGCGUCGGUGCCGGAGCACCCGUGUAUCUGGCAGCCGUCAUGGAAUACUUGGCCGCUGAAGUGCUUGAGUUGGCCGGAAACGCUGCCCGUGACAACAAGAAGACGCGCAUCAUCCCGCAUCAUCUGCAGCUGGCCAUCCGCAACGACGAGGUGUUGAACAAGCUGCUGUCCGGAGUAACCAUCGCUCAGGGUGGUGUGCUGCCUAACAUUCAGGCCGUGCUGCUGCCCAAGAAGACCGAAAAGAAGGCUUAAACGGUAUGACAAAGCUUCCUUCAUCUCAAACCCAAAACCGUCCUUUUCAGGGCGACAAAUUAUUUUGCCAAAGACAUUUUAUUCGAUUUAUGCUGUUAUGGGAGAACCAGAAGGAAUACAAAUUCCUUACAUUGAACAGUGCUUGAAACUGUGUACGAAAUGUAGAUGAAAAAAUGUGCCUUCUUUUGGCACAAAAAAACAUCAUUUGCUGUUGUCAAUUCUGUAACCUCUCACUACGACUUCUACAAAAUGCAGCAUAUCAUAAGCGAUGUGUAAAAUUUUUCAGGUAGCUUUGUCAAGAGAGUUGGUUUUACCACAGAAAUGCAAGCAGUGAUACCUGUGUGUUGACUAUUUUUCUGAAAACAGUAAAGGACACUUUUACCUGAUUUAUCGUUAACCACGGGAAAAUGUUGAACGUAUUGGUACAUCUUUCUGGAAGAUUGUCGUAAAAUGUUGUGCGGUUUGGUAGGCUUAAGUUCGCAUAAAAAAUUGUUUUCAAUAUAUCGGGAAACUUUGAAAAUGGCUUUAAAAUAGGUGGACCAAAAAUUUGGAGGAUUCAUAUAAACAAACAUACUGUAAAAUCGAUCGUUUCACACUUCAUUUAAAUAACCAUAUAUCCAAAUAUGUGUUGCAUUUUAAAGUAUGUCUAUGUUUUAAACAAUACAUUGAUUUGCAAUGUAGGAAUGCCAAUAAAAUACAAAGGAUUUAAGUACCCCUAACGCAUAUGCAAUUUGCAUUACACAAACUCUGUGUGAACUCCAUAUUCAAUAACGCCAUCUAGUGGUGAUCAAAGUCUCUGCAACCAGUAGCAACGCCAUCUAAAGAAUUGGUAAAAGUAAGGCUCAGCCCUGUACGUUACAUAGGAGCAGCGUUACAUGUCUUUUAAAAUUCCCAAGCAGCAUUUUUAGAGGUUUUGUCAUCCUCGCUUCCGACCGCUGUAGAUUACUUUAAUUAAUUUUUUAAACAAUUCGAUGAAAAUAUAAGCUUUUUGCUCCAGGGUAAAUCGAUUUAAAUGAGAUUAAAUUCUGAAAUUACAAGUAAAAUACUGAUUUAUUAUUUUUCAUUAAUACACUAAUAAGUAAGCAAAAUAGUCUUACAGUUUAAAGUUCUUAAACCCCGUAAAGUCUUACA